CUUACCCACUUCCGCUCCCGCCACAUUGCCUUGGACGCCUUCUUGCACCGCAUCAACGCGGUGGACAGCCCAGUAUGUCGACAUUGCGCGCGGGGCGUGGACGAAACAAUACAACAUUUCUUGUUUGAUUGCCCGGCAUGGUCGGGAGCGCGGCAGUUGGUGGUGCGAAGGGCAGGUCGUCGGGCUGAGUCCUUGGAGUACCUUUUGAACGACGAGAGGGGGGUGAGGGUGUUGAUGGUGUUUGUGAACUCGACGGGCCGCUUCCGCCAGACUUAUGGUGAUCUC